UUAGUUUUGAUUUGGUAUCGUAAAAGUAAAGUUGUGGUUUUAAGUUAUAAGCACAUAACAGCAACCUUUCUUACGUCAAUGACACAAACAGUUUAAAACAAAAAUUUUGUUUUUUGAGAAAAUUAAAAAUAUUUGCGUUUAAAAAUGGCAGCAGCUGAAGAUUACAAACCGGGAUCAGUUCCAUUGGAAGAGCAGGAUGAUCGAAGAUUGUUCUGUAAAUUUCACUACAAAGGUGUUCUUCUUGUACUAAUACCUAUUUUACUUGGACCGAUUUUGGCUGGACAUCCAGUUUUGGCAUGCCGCUUCAUAUAUUUGACAUUAUGCUUGUACUUGAUCUACAUACUCAAUUUGAUGGCCAGAGGAGCUAUAGCCUUUCUCUAUGUCGUAUUUAUACCGAUCGCUGGAAUCGCAUCUUCGGGAAAGGUCAGUACUUCCUAUUACACUGACCUAUUGUUUUUGGUGUUCGGUGCUAUUUUCUUGGGCAUUAUGAUGGACUCUUCGGGGCUGAGUGAACGACUGGCGGCUUGGGUCAUCGCCAUUGUGGGUAGCAGUCUGAAAUUUCUACAGAUUUUUUUGACUCUCAACGUUUUGUGGCUUGCCUUUCUUGUAAAUCCCACAGUUGCCGCUGCCUUUUGGAUGAAGGUUUCUCAAGCGGUGAUAACGGAAUAUAAUAAUGCGGGCAUUGUGAAAAUGGACUCUGAAGAAAAGCCCUACGAACCGGGAUCCAAACCAUAUCCCACACGUCCUGUCAUAGGAAUUUAUCUAACCUGUUGCUAUACUGCCAGUUUGGCUGCUAGUUUUUCACCCCUAAUGAGUCCCAAUGGCUGCAUUGCCGAUGCCCUUUCCAAAUCGUUGUCGAUUGGGACCUUGGCGUUGGCUAUGAUUGGACCGGGAAUUUUGGGGAUUGCAGUAAUGGUUUUCUGGUUUCAAUUCAUCUUCCUUGGACUUCUGGGUGGCAAAGUGAAGCGCGACUUGGCCGAGCUGGAGGGCAACAAGGCGGGCUUCAAGCAGGCCAUGAACAACAGAAAGGAGGCGAUGGGGCCCUGGACAAUCUACCCCAUACUGGUCUUCAUCCUGAUCCUCAUCACCUUCUUGCUGGUGGCCACUCGAAAGCCCUACAUCGUUCCCGGUUGGGCCGACUUCAACAUGAAAAUCGAGUCCGGCUCUUCGGUUCCCACGAUUGGAAUGGCCAUUCUGUUCUUCGCCAUUCCGGCCAACUACUUCUUCUGCAGAUACUAUGUCUGCCGGAAGCCAACCAAGGAGGGCACAGCCAAUUCCCUUCUGGGCUGGAAGGCGGUGAAUGCAAAUACUCCCUGGGCGGAUAUCUUCAUGCUGGGCGCCGCCUUCAGCCUCGUCUUCUGUGCCCGGGAGAGCGGCUUCGUCAGCUUCGCGGGAGUGAACAUCGAGGAUCACGGCGACUCCAUGGCCUUUCUGUACGGCACCUUUGCCGGGACCGUCAUGGGGAACCUCGCCCCCUCCACAACCAUUUGCAGGAUAAUACUUCCCAAACUAAACGCUGGAGACAUUUUCCGACUGGCAUUUUCCACCGCUUUGCACAAUCAGUUCUUGCUGCCCGUCAGUACGCCAUCGAACACCAUUAUCUCGGGAUGGGGCAACAUCAGACCCUUUCAAUUCUUGAUUGCUGGAAGCGUCAUUUCCAUAAUCAUGUUCUUUAUGAUUGGCGCAUUCACCCUACUGCUGAUCUUAAACUAAGAUUAAUCCGUUCCAGUUCGUAUUAACCCACCAAAUUUAUCUUUCGAUUUUAAGUGCGUUUAUUAAAAAUUACCUAGUGAGCUUUACUAAUGGUCUUAAGCUAAGAUUAAUCCGUUCCAGUUCAUAUUAACCCACCAAAUUUAUCUUUCGAUUUUAAGUGCGUUUAUUAAAAAUUACCUAGUGAGCUUUACUGAAUUGAGAAACCAA